AGGCUGCAACCAGUUGUCAGCAUGACCGAGGAGACAGUGUUGUCAUUCAGUGUUGUUGGUCUAACUGUUGAUUAUAAUGUUGACAACUGGGUGCCAAAAAAAGGUCAGCGUCUUCUUUGUUCCCUGUGUUAUGGUUGCAUUGAAGUUUUCAAAGAUGGUCAAUGUGUUGGGAAAGUAGCAAAGGAAGCUCCUAAUACAUGCAAAGAGUGGCUGGAAAGCAAUGGCAAAUUGGAAGCAGUUGUUAUAUCGGUGCCAAAAAAGCAUAGAAACAAAGGAAGAGAGGUGCCUGUUGUAUUUGUUUUUAAAAGUGUAAAAAGCUGCUUGAUGGAAAACAUCAAAAGGGGCAUUAAAUCAGGAAUUAGUUCAUUACAAAAGAAGAAAAAAAGUGUCAGCUUAAAAGAUGGUGACUCGACUGAAAAUGUGCAUAAUGUUGGCCAGUCAGUUGGUCCGUCUCUUCAUCAUAUUCUGAUCAGUAAUUAG